AUGGAAAGGGUGGCGGUGCUGGAGCAGGAGGUGGUUAUGGUGGGGGAGGUGAGAGCGGAGGUGGCUAUGGAAAGGAAGGUGGUGCUGGAGGUGGAGGUGGUUAUGGAAAGGGUGGCGGUGCAGGAGCUGGAGGUGGUGAAGGUGGAGGCUAUGGAAAGGGUGGCGGUGCUGGAGCUGGAGGCGGUUACGGUGGAGGAGGUGAGGGUGGUGAAGGCUAUGGAAAGGGGGGGUGGUGUAGGUGGUGGAGCCGGUGGUGGUAGUGGUGGAGGUUAUGGUGGAGGUGAAGGAGGUGGUAAGGGUGGCGGUUAUGGAGCUGGAGGUGGACAUGGUGGAGGUGCUGGAGGAGGUUAUGGAGGAGGAGCAGCUAGUGGAGGUGGAUAUGGCAGUGGUGGAGGAGCAGGAGGUGGAUACGGAGGUGGUUCUGGUGGCGGCUAUGGAGGUGGCGGCUCAGGCUAUGGUGGACAUGCACGUUGA